CAGCAGACAGUCAGUCAGUGAGAGAGAGAGUCAGUGCUGUGCUGGGAGUGCUGUGCGAAGCAGCUACGCGGAUUCGUUCUGUGUCGCAGAGGCGAGUGAUUAUUUUGUGUUGACGUGGUCGUCGUCAUCGUUGUUGUUGUUGUUCCCUUGUUGUUGUUGUUGUUGUAGCUACGACGACGACACACCUGUUCUUCGGCUUUUACAAAGGCGGCGUCGGAAAAAGAGAGAGAGGAACCGAAAGGCGGGACGUCGUAGUUCGUUGAUCAAUGAGUUACUUCAGACCUUCUGCUGCAGGAGCCACUACCACCUCCAGCAAUGGUAGUAGUUCGGGGACGUCCAAGUUUUCUCACAUCAACCAGCAGAUGGUGUUAGGUGGCGGAAAGAAAACUGACGGAGGAGGCAGGUACGGCUCCGUGGGCGAGAAUGGCGGCCUGGCCAGCGACAGCCAACACCACAACGGCGGCUCUGGGCUGAGCAACAGCAGGAGUGGCACUUCCAGCAGUGCCAGUAGUGUUGUGGACGACUCCGACCACUGCCAGAUGACCCACGACGUCUACCAGCGCCAGCCUCUGCUCCCCAGCCACGGCUCCUACAUCACCAGCAAUGGAGUUAGUAAAGAUGGGAGCGGAGGAUUCUACGACAGUAGCAGUAGUAAUGGUAUGGUGAAGAUUCCUAUACCUCCACCUCACAGAGACGAACCCAGAUUCCCCAAAGAGAAAUCUAAAACUUUUUUAGCCUUCUUGUUUCUAUUCGCCAACUGGAUUUUCACAACAGUAUCAUUAGCUUUAACACACGAAAAAGUGCCAAAAUACCCACCGCUACCUGAUGCAUUGCUUGACAACAUCAAUGUACAAGAAUGGGGCUUAGAUGUCUCGGAGAUAAUCAUCAUCGUGUCCGUUUAUCUGUGCGUUAUGGUCGUGUUAUUCCAUAAACACAGAUGGAUCAUCUUCCGUCGGAUCUUCCUUAUUCUGGGCCUCUUGUAUUUUUAUCGUUCCAUAACUAUGUACGUUACUGUCCUUCCAGUAGCAAACCCCAACUAUCCUUGUUCCCCCAAGGCUAAUUACACAAGCCCAGUGCUUGUAGCCAAGAGAGCUAUUCAGCUGUUAUCUGGGUUUGGAUUGUCAAUCAACGGGCAACACACAUUUUGUGGUGAUUACAUAUACUCAGGCCACACAGUGUGCCUUGUAAGCGCAUACCUCAUCGUAAGAGAAUAUACUCCAAGACGCUGGUGGCUGGUGCACUGGUGUUUCGGACUUCUGGCAAUCACAGGGGUAGUGAUGGUCCUUAUUGCACGAGGCCAUUAUACAGUUGACUGUUUAAUAGCAUAUUUUAUUACUACACGAUUGUUCUACAUGUAUCACACAAUGGCAAAUAAUGCCACUUUAAAGGAAAAUGGUCCAAACAACUUCUUUGAAAGGUUAUGGUGGUACCCAAUAUUCCAGAAAUUUGAAGCAAAUGUUCAUGGGGUAGUGCCUCGUCACUAUGAGUGGCCAUUGCCCUGGCCGAGAAGGUGGAGUAGUAAAAACCCACAGAGAACAUCUUAAAAGGAGUGCGCGUUAAUGUGUACCAGGUCAUGCAUUUUAUCUUAAACAUACUGUGAUGGAAUUUAGUGCAGUCAGCAUCUGUAUAUAAACUGCAGAAACGACACUUUCCAUUGUGAAGGGCUGAUAUAUGUUCCUUGCAAAUGUGAAAGAUGAAAAGGUGCAUAAAGUUAUAUAAUAUAGUAUACAGUAUGUGUGUGAGUGUAACUGACACAGGACAAUCUUAUGGAUUGGACCAUACAUGUACUGAUUCACAACGUUUUUCCGUUUUAGAAAAUGUUUUUGGGGGUUAUCUUCAGUCAUUCCCUCCCCAGCAGAUAAUAGUGUUUUGACAGAAAUGAAAAAAAUAUAAGAUUUCCCCAUAUUUAGAUGCCAUUUAUGUUUGUAUUUAGAGUAAAUAAGAGAAGUAAAACAGAAAAAUUAGUUUUGAAAUGCCUCCCAGAAUUGACUUCCAAAUAUAAGUGUUAUCUUUUUUUACAGAUUUGAGCAGAAUUGUUACUGCUAGUGAGUGGAAAAGUGCCAAGAGAUUCAAAUAUUCUUAAGUAGUUUUCCAUCUGUAUGGUAGAGAAACUAAAUUGCUCCUUAGAAAUUUUUAGUCCAUUUCUUUUAAAGCAUCAGUUUAGCACUACUUCUGUUCAGAUUGCCUCCCAAGACAGUGCCAGUACAUUUGGCGAAAAGGGUUCAAUAAGACCCAGCUUUAUUCCAUGUACUGGUAUUGUUUCUCACAAAUCAAUGAUUGACAACUUUAGUGUUUCAAGCUGCCUGUUACCCUUUGUGCCAGUCCAUAUGUGGUAGCGUUGUACAAAGAGGUGAAUGGAAUGAGUAAUUCCAGGCCAUCUUGUUUCUCCAAUUAUUUUGGCAACUAUUGUAAAAUAGUCCUGCUGUGGUAAACCUGGAGAAAGGCCUGUGUGUUCUGUUAUUGCAUACUCCCUCUUUGUACAGUGAUGCCAGUUCAAUGUGAUAUUAAAUACUCACUCAAAUCACUUACUUGUGAUGAAGUGUUUUUCUUUUUUUAUUUCUUGACGUGUAAUUAGAUUUUGGCUUAAUCAGCUUAAGUAUA